AUGGCAAGGACAAAAGAGGUCAGACCCAGCAAAAGCCAGGAGAACAAAGUCGCAGCACCAACCGUAUCAGACCCAGAACCAGAACCAGACGACUUUCCGGAGCUUGAAGGUGACGAUGAUGACGAUGAUGUAAUUGCGGUGGAGCAGCAGGAGGAUGAGGAACUGCCAGGAGAAAGAUAUGACGCUGAGGACUCGUACCACGAACCUGAAGAGACAGACGACGAUCUUCUACAGCUUCCUAAGCUUGCCGGUGUAGCAAGAAAACCGCAAAAGCAUGUGCCUGCCAAAACUGUUGUGGUCAUUGACGAGGGUGAUGAUGGGGAAGAAGCUGAAGCCUCGGACGACAACGACCCUGCCGAUAACGCGAACGCUCCUCCUGCUCUUACUGAAGCUCAACGACGAAGGCAAGCGGCCGCUACCAUCAAGCGAAACUGGGGCUUUGGAAGCAUUCGAGAGUGCAUCCCAGAAAAGAAGUGGCUUUCACGCGGACUCAAGGACUACGAAGACGAGAACUGGCAACUAGAUACCAUUGACGAGUUCGAAGGGCUGUCAAACGAGACUCAAGGACAAGGCGAUGCAAUGAAAGAGCAAAUUGGCUUGUUCUUCGAUAAAAGGGGGAGUACAGGGGCUAAUCGAAGGAUAGGGGGCAGUGCCGUAGAGAAGGAGAAAAACUUGGUUGAUGAUAUCAAAAGGCUACGUAAAGGGGACAGGAUUGACCCGGAGACGCAUAGAGAGAUACCUGCGACCCCUCGGGGGGCUGCAGCGGCAUCAGGACCUAAGAAAAAGAGGGGAAAGCCUCAGAGCUCUGCAAAGCCGGCAACGAAGGACAGGAGCAAUCUAGGACGAGCCAGCAAGGACAAGCCGAGCAAGCGGAAGUCGGACGCCAUGGCGGAUGUCGACGACGAGUCAGAUGAUGAGGACAAUGGAGUUCAAGGUGGCGGCAAGCCGAGCAAGAGGCCAAGGAAAGAUGGCCAGCAACCAGCUGAGAAGCAGAGUGGAAGACAGCAAGCAUCAGACCCUGACAGCUCUCUACGCAACCGAAUACGAACAUUACAGCAGCAAAGAGACGCACUCUAUCUCAUCCGCCAGAACUGGAGCAUCGAAUCUGUCCUGGAAUUCUUGCCACAACGCUGGUUUGAAAUGGGCGAAGACACAGAUGAGCACAUUCCACGGGCCAUCCUCGAGCGCAUACGCGAUCUAUCCAACAUCACCAAUACACCAGAGCAAGGUCAAGCCGUCAGACAAGCGCUACAUGACAGCAUGAGCCCGCGUACAAGUACCUCUCUAGAGGACAUCCUUGCGGUCAUCGCAGUGGCUGGCGAGCAAUUCUACGCCGCCGCUGAAGGACAGCGUCCAUUGCAUUCCGACAACAUGGGAACAUCUUCCAACACUAGAGUUCUGGUGCGCGCAGCUCGAAUUGCUGCCGCACGCGCUGAUCGAGAUGAAAGGGGAAAUUUGCUUAGGUACGAGGACAGUGUGCUUCGAAGCGCAGCUAGGCACCGGGAAGUUGAGCGGCUUGAACAUAUUAUCGCGCAAAAAGAAAGGGAUGCGGAACGAGAGAGUGAAAGGGACGAUGACGUUGAAGAAGAGUGA